AUGUCACCUGUGGCGUUCGAUACUUCAUCCUCGUCCAACCUCAAGCCGUGGCUUGUUAGGACUCUGGAGCCCAUAUGCGAUGCAGAGCCUGGCGCCCUUGCUGAUUACAUUCUCGCUCUCCUGAAACAUAAUGUCCCUGAGAGCGAAAUGCGUCAGGAACUCGCGGUUCAACUCGAUGAGUUCCUCGAAAAAGAAUGUUCCUCUUUCAUCGAUACCCUAUUCACCGUACUACGAACGAAAUCGUAUAUGUCAUACGCCUCCGAGUCGUCCACCGCCGCAUUUCCCACAAAACCCCUCGACAAUGGGAUCCCCAUUCCACUUGAAGGACUCCUAGGAGGCUCACCGUCGGAAAGGUCUCGAAAACGAAAUAACAGUGGCGACGACCGCGACGGACGGCCAACCAAAGGCCAAAGACUGAACGAUGGGCAGUUUUCGAGAAAUAGCAUUGGUGGUGGAGAUGGUCGUAUGGGUCAGGGUUCUGGAAAUUGGAAUCGGCUGCAGUACAGGGAUGGGGGCAUGGGGAUGAACAUGGGUGUGGGAGGGUUUGGAAUGCCUAUGAAUGCGAUGGGGAUGAACGGGAUGGCCCCAAUGAACGGGAGACGGCCGCAGGGAUACCAACCGCCAGAUCAGAAACGGGGUAUAUGCCGGGACUACCACAACAAUGGCUAUUGUGCUCGCGGUGCGAUGUGCAAAUACAGUCACGGCGACGACGCUGUAGUGCCAGGCCAAUUAUUCUCUGGUGCACAGGGUAUGCCUUUCAUGCCCAUGUUUCCUCCAAACGGCAUGCCAUUUAUGCCUGGUGCUGCAUAUGAUCCUCACGAGCGGAUGGAUAUGCGGCCUAUGAACCGACAACGAGCCCCACUUUUGCCUCGAGUGCAACAAGAAGACGGCAGCCGCGUUAUGCAUCCCAUCCAUGCCUCGGGCGAAUUACCCGUGAUACAAGACCUCACCCCCAAUGUUCCACCGGACAUACCUCGUGCUGAGCCUGUACCGCAGGUUGAUGUGGAUAUGCAGCAACUCAAUAUGCCAAUACCACCCCAGAACCUUCCAAGUUUCAACCCCAUGCUGGCUAUGAACGGGAUGAACAGCAAUCCAUAUCAGCCGAUAAAUGCACCAAUGGAGGUCGACAGCAACGUUCCUCCGGCACCUAGGCCGCCAAGUGGGGGUCGUGGUGGUUUCCGAGGUGGGCGAGGGGGAGGACGCGGAACGUUCGGCGGCGAGGUGCAUAAGUUCCGACCAGAAAAACGUAACGACAAAACUCUUGUGGUAGAGAAGAUCCCGGAGGACAAGCUGUCGUUAGAGCAGGUGAACGAGUGGUUCAAGAAGUUUGGGACUGUUACGAAUGUCGCAAUCGACGCUAUGGGCGGGAAGGCGCUGGUCAGCUUUUCGGAUCACGAGGAGGCACACGCAGCGUGGAAGUCGGAGGAUGCGGUCUUCGGGAAUCGGUUCGUCAAGGUGUUUUGGCAUCGACCAAUGGAGGGUCAUGGUCAGGUAGGUGCGCGUAUGUUGGCGGCAUCUGCCCCUCUUGUGGCAAACAUGGGCAACAAAUCUUCGUCGAAUACACCUCAGCCACCACCCACUACGGGACCUUCAACUUCUGCUGCAUCCUCCUCGACAGCAGCACCCUCCACCGCGACAUCAGCACCGCGAAAAGCUUCGUCAACGCCUACUGCCUCUGCUGCUCUGUCCGCCUUAGCUGAGAAGCAACGGCGGUUAGAGAGCAUGAUCACCGAGCAAAAGUCGCUCAUGGCUUCUCUCAGCACGGCCUCGGCGGACGAAAAGAAGGUGAUAAUGGCCAAGCUACGAAAGUUGAACGAGGACAUGACCAGUUUGAACACCUCCACGCCUACACCUGUGACAACUCCUUCAAUAACCUUAAAGAAACCAGAGGAGGCAGAGCGCGAGCGGUUAGAUAACGAGCUCGAGAUGCACAGUGGCCCUGCUGAGCAGGAGGCACGAGGCACGACGGAGGAGCUGAACGCCAAGCUGGAGAGGUUAAAGGCAGAGGCUGCGAGUUUAGGAUUGGAUUCUUCCCUGCCCUCAUCUUCUGCGCCGUAUAGAGGAGGAUAUCGCGGACGAGGGCGGGGUGCCCCGAGAGGCUACUUCCGCGGCGCCAUGCGUGGCGGGCCUCCUCGUGCCAGCAUGAAGCUCGAUAAUCGGCCCAAGAAGCUUCUCGUGAAAGGCGUCAGUGAAGAGAACCUGCAAGGUCUUAGGGACUGGUAUGAGACAACUGGCCAGUUGGAGAGUGUGGAACCCACUGAAGGCGGCGCAUAUAUCGUAUCGUUCAGGUCUAGAUCAGCUGCUGAACAGGGACUAUCAAAAGGCUCCAAUAUUCCUCUCAUUGGUGCAGUCCAAAUAUCUUGGUACACAGGCAAAGUGAGCGCCACGACCUCGACGACCACAAAGGCAUCAAAACCUCAGGCUGCCAACGGCGAUACGUCUGUGCCUGUGAGCAAUCCCGAGUCGGAGGUUGGCGGGUCUCCAGAGAUACACCUCUCCCACUUACAAGAAGAGGAAGUCGUCGCAAGCGGUUGGGGUGGUGAUGAUGAGGGUGAUGGCAUGGGCAUGCUAUGA